AUGAGCUUAUCAUCAUCGUUCUCGAGUCAACAGGAUGGCGAUUCUUCUACGAGCAGUUCUGCUCAUUCGCCAUCACCCACUAUUCAACCUCCGAAAUUGUUUUCCAUUCCUUCUCCUUCUUCCAUCAAGAAACCGAUGGACAACAACACUCGAUCAAGUUCAUCAGAACUGAUCCUUGAAACCCAAGUGUUGAAAAAGAAUGACCAAAUCCUGUGUGAUCCAGUAGGAGCUUAUGGGCAACCACCUCUUUCUGAUAGUUCCGAGGCCAUGAACAACAAAUAUACAACGACAAGGACCACUUCUGAUAAAAAGUGUUCCGACGUGGCAAUACUAGAGCCCUCUCCGAAUCCAUUGAACGUAAACUCUUGGAACGCAAGUUCAAGGGUUGCAAAACCACUGGAUAAGGACUCUCUCGAUGAGAGAAGAAAGACGCUUCAAAAAGAGUUGUCCUCUCUACCACCACAGGACUUGCUCGCGUCUGCACUGUAUCAUUUAGAGCAUCCACCUCAAGUGUUUGUCAAAGGAACAGACCUGUUUGAGAGAAUGGACACUGAGCAGGGACAAUUAACCUUUGGCUCUUCUCUGGAAUCUGUAAUUUCGAAUGUCUAUACAGAGAGAGCAACUAGUUCCAAAUGUAUUGCACAAUCCAUUAUUGAAAGUAGCAGCUUGAUUUACGAGAGUCAUCAAGCCUCCUUAAUCGCCAAUUUAAGGACUCUUUUAGAUACAGAUCGAAUAGAAUCAGAUGAUGAGGAAUGUAUGGACCAUGAAGUGAAACAAGUCAUUCAAGAUAUUGAAUCAGCUUGUCUUUGUUGUCCCUCACUUCUGCCAAAUAUCAUCCCUCAUAAUGAAACAACACAAAUUCUCAACUUCAAGGAUGAAGGAUUUCUCUUCCGCAUAGUUGAAGAAAUCAUUUCUACUGGGUCUUCUAUUUCAUUAAGUGAAGCAACGUGUCGUGUUCGCUUUUUACAAACUCUCCAAGAGAAACUACGUAUUGAAUAUCAGUGUUAUAGCUCUCAUCCUCGGUGUGUAGACCGUAAAGUUAUCAGAGACGCAGUUUUGGCGUUGACCAUUGUUUUCUCUUCCAUUAAUAUCUCUCGUGAACUCGUCUCCUUCGGUAUUUUGGAUUUGUUGGUCGAAUUUUUACGUUUUGAAAAAAGAGAUGAAGAAUACUUGAAAUUUGUCGGAUUUAUCUUACAAUUUAUGAACGAUGUAGUGGAGAGGGUAGACCAAUCGAGACAUUUACUUCAUUGGAUCCUUCAUGGAAAAGGAAUACUUGUCCUUAUCCAAAAAUUACGAUGUGCUCUAGAAUACGUCGAACAAUCCAAUGUAAUUCUUUUAAACAAAGACCAGCAAGAAACAGAUCACUCAUUGAUUGCACAAUAUGACUCUUUUAUUGCCAAGAAAAUUAUCAAAAUGCUGAUGACAUUAUCAUCUUGUGGAAGAUUGCAAAUAUAUUGUUCACAAGCUUUGGAACAAGGUCAUUAUUGCUCUGAAGUGAAAAUGCUUCCAAAACUAUUGAUCAAAAGUAUAUCGCUCUUCGAUUCUUUGAAAUUAAUCUUACUGAAGUUACUUGCAAACUUGACAGAUAUCCCAAGAUUAAGCAAUGUUAUUUUGGAGGAGUUAUCGUUCAUACCAAUAUUAUUAAGAAAUAUGAAAGAUAAUAGAAGUUUCAUGACCUGUUUUUAUAUUUUUCUUCAGAUAUGCCAACAUCCUUCAAUUGAGAGUUCACAUAUCAAUUAUCUGCUAUGGAGUCUAAUUUUAAUGAUGUGCAGCGACGAGUUAUUGGAACAUCUAAUGAGCUUUGCAAUGGAAAUCAAUAGAGUACUCCAAAAACAAUCUGAGCCAGAGACUGCUUUACCUCUGACAAGAAAUUUUGUGCAAAUUUUUUCUAGCACUUUUUCAGAAAUUAUGAACGAGUUUCCAGAGCCAAUGGUCUUCCUUUCCUUUGUCACAAACCCAAAUGAUGAAAAUUGUUGCCUUGCCUUUAUUGAAAUGUUAAGCGCUGAAGCCAACAUUGCUGUUAUUGAAAGUCUUAAAUAUGAUUUAACAAACAAGAUUGAUCGAGUUCUUUUGGAGGAAGAGUCCAAAUACAGUGAUUGUAAAUGA